UGUCACCUAGUCCCAGUGUCGUGUCACUUGUCAGUGUCAUUUAUUUUUAUUAACAUACGAACUGUUUCUGUUAUCUAUUUCUGAUUAGUGUCUCAGCAGCUGACAAGUUUUUGAAAUAAAUGUAGAGAAGCAGUGUGAUAACGCAAGAAGAGAAACGAGCAAUAUUUUGGUGCUUCAGUUCAGAUACAUCAGAAACUGUGUUUGAAUAAGAAGAAAUGUUAUUGCUAAACAUUAAUACAUUCUGCGUUAUAGAUGUUUUCACUAAUUUGGGACGGCCUAACUCAUCAUAUUUUAAUAAUAAAUAUAUUUAUUUAAUUUAAAUAAGUAGUGUUAUAGUGUGUAGACCUUGUAAGACAUUAUGAGUGAGCCGAAAGAAUCUUUGAGUUCCUUUGUCGAUAAAAUAGACGUAGGUUCCGAAUAUGACAAAAUAUUGAGCAGGAAUGUACUCGUCGCGCCAUCCGAGAAACAGUACGAACUGUUACUGAAAAGACUGAAGCAGCAAUUGGGAGAGGGCAGGGGAGAAGUUAUUUUGGAGAUUGGCGGAUCCCCAGACGGUACCGAGAAUGGGUUGCUGGAGGACGAAAUUGAAGCCGCAAUCGCUACUCUACAAUCUUUAGCGAACACACUUGAAUGCAGUUGCGUGAAGUUACGGGAGCGUAAAGAAACGAGGGGAAUGGUGCUGCAGUAUUUAAUUCGUCGAAUGCUAGACCAAAGUGAUUUCUUGGAAAUACGUGUGGCAGUUGUCGGUAAUGUGGAUGCGGGGAAGUCUACAUUGUUAGGCGUGUUGACUCACGGCGAGUUGGAUAACGGCAGGGGACACGCCAGGCAGAGGUUAUUCAGGCAUAAACAUGAAAUGGAAUCCGGCAGGACAAGUUCGGUAGGGAACGACAUUUUAGGAUUCGACGAGAGAGGCAACGUUGUUAAUAAACCAGAGCAUGGGUCUUUGGAUUGGGUAAAAAUUUGUGAAAAAAGUUCCAAAGUAAUAACUUUCAUCGAUUUGGCUGGGCACGAACGUUAUUUAAAGACUACUGUGUUUGGAAUGACCGGCCACGCUCCUGAUUUUGGAAUGUUAAUGAUUGGGGCAAAUGCGGGGAUUAUAGGAAUGACAAAGGAACAUCUUGGUUUGGCCCUGGCCCUGUCGGUGCCGGUUUUUGUGGUGGUCACGAAAAUCGACAUGUGUCCGACCAACGUGCUGCAGGACAACCUGAAGAUGCUUAUUCGAAUUUUGAAGUCGCCGGGAUGUCGGAAGGUGCCGGUUAUGGUGAAAACACCAGACGAUGUGGUGUUAAGCGCUACCAACUUCGUAUCGGAGAGACUGUGUCCCAUCUUUCAGGUGUCGAAUGUCACCGGGGAGAACUUGUACCUGCUUAAAACUUUCUUGAACCUGCUGACUACUAGGAUGGAGUACCACGAAAACGAACCAGCGGAAUUUCAGAUCGACGAUACUUAUUCCGUACCUGGAGUCGGCACGGUGGUGUCGGGGACUACUUUGAAGGGUGUUAUUAGGUUGAACGAUAUCCUAAUGCUGGGUCCUGAUCCCUUAGGACACUUUCAACAGAUCGCCGUCAAAAGUAUACACAGGAAGAGAAUGGCCGUUAAGGAGGUCAGAGCGGGGCAGACUGCCAGUUUUGCUUUGAAAAAGAUUAAAAGAUCCCAAAUUCGGAAAGGUAUGGUAAUGGUUUCUCCGACGUUAAAUCCGCAAGCGUGUUGGGAAUUUGAGGGUGAAAUUUUGGUUUUACAUCACCCCACGACAAUCAGUUCUCGUUAUCAAGCCAUGGUUCAUUGUGGUAGUAUAAGGCAGACAGCGAGCAUCAUAAGCAUGUCGAAGGAUUGUCUGAGGACGGGUGACAAGGCAUUAAUACAUUUCCGUUUCAUCAAACACCCGGAAUACAUGACUUCUGGACAAAGGAUGGUUUUUAGAGAGGGCAGAACAAAAGCUGUGGGUAACGUUGUGAGGAUUAUCACGCAGUCUACGCUAACGCAUCAAGGAAAUCGCGUGAAACAAAAUAAACAGCAGAGGCAUGGUUCUGCACAAAAUACACAGAAAAUAGGCCAAGAGAAUAAAAACGAACACAAUAUGCAAGGUUUUUCAGAAAUCGAAAACACAUUUGAAGGAAGUAAGGACAAACGCGAUUUGGUGCCCCAAAAGUCCGGCCAUAAGAAGGGCAGGAACCGUCGAGGGGGUCGAGGCAAGGCCAACAUAACCACCACCAGUACAAAUAUUUCAAAGCCGUUACCCGACGUAACGAAUAUCUCAUCAAUAUCAGUUCGAAAUCCGACAAAAGUGCAAUAAACAGAUUCAUACAUGAAACGUUUAACGUUAAUGUUAAAAACGAUGUUAAUAAAUUAUUUCACUUUCUCUUUUUAAAUAGUAACUUCUCCAGAAUAGUGAUACUAAUCUAAAAGUAAGUUAAUUUUGUUACAUAUUUAUGAAAAUAAAUAUAUAUGUACA